UUUACAUAUUUUCUAAUAUCAAAAAGUGUGGAAACGUGUGUUGCCUCUAAAAAUCAGAAAUUUUUGUGGAAAAUUAAAAGAAAAAGCAGUUUUUAUGUCAUAUAGUCUGCGAAAAAUGAAGCUUAGCACUUAUAAUUUUUUAACUUCAAGCAACAUCAAAGGCGUUAAAGUGGGUUUCCCACUUAAACUAAAGAUUGCCAAAAAAGAUGUUGUAGAGACAGAUUUUAAUCCAGUGUUUAUUGAACGUUUGAUUCCAAAACUAGAUUGGGCUACUGUGUGCUUGGCAGCACAAAUUACUGGAUUGGAAGCUGAUAUACCUGCAGAGCAGCCAAGUAACAUUAGUGAAAAUGAGGAGCUCUUAAAGAAGUUACACCAUCUACUUCUAGAGAUAGAUGUGAUUGAAGGCGAACUCCAGUGUCCUGAAACAGGACGUGUUUUCCCAAUAACCGAAGGCGUUCCAAAUAUGCUGCUUAACGAAGAUGAAGUUUAAAUGAACAAAAUUAAUUUUAUUCAACAUAUAAUGCAUAACACUUAGUGUUGCAACACUAAACACUAUGUUAAAAAUAUUGUAAAUUAAGUUAUAUUUAAUAUGCAUAUUUGUUUAUCAGCUUUCCAUGAAAGACGUCAUAUUUCCGCCACUAAGGCAUCAGUUAAUCAUAUAAUAUUUAAAAUAAUGCCAUUGAACUGUUUACAUACUAAAAUGUAUAAAAACCUUACAUUGACACAUAAAUUUCUUUCAAAAUAUUAUAUUAGAAUUAUAUUUAUUUCAAAUAAUAUCGCGAGCUACUAUUUUUUCGAAUUUUAACUUAGCAUUGAUUUGAUGUUGAAUAUUGUUCGCGUUAUUUAAAUAGUUUUUUGAUUAAUUUUGUGAUAAAGAAGAAACCAAUGCAUUUUUGGUGUUUAAUUUGUUUUUGUUAAACUUCAUUAACAUUUUCCAAUGUAUAGAGCAAGAGAAAUAAAUACAAAUUGUGUUCCUUUUAAUUAUGCUUUAUUCAAUAAGAGAUACAUGGAUAUCGAAAAUAAUUAAAUGUUUAAAUGUUUAUAAUAAGAAGAUCAUGGCUUAAAAUAUUAAUUAAAUUAUUGGACGAAUAAAAUUGUAAACAUAUUUAAGUAAAC